ACAAACACACACACACACACACACGCGUGCCGAACCCUAAAAAUGUCACUAAAAUCCUACAAUGAAUUAAAACAAGACGUACGCAAAGCCGAUCACGAAUUAGAACUGUUAGAUCAAGAACUAAGCAACACCAAAGACGAGAUCACGCUCGAAUCCACCAAACAACAAAAGCUAACCAAGGCGUUAACUGAUCAUCACAACAAACUUAUUGAUCUGACGCACCGUAUUAAAGAUAUGGCCAAAACAAAAAUGGACUCACAACUACAAGAGACGGAGGCACAGACACGUCUGAAAGAACUAGAAGGACUGGUUGCAGAGUGUGGUGCGUCACUCGAGGAGCAAGAGCAAGAGGAUCAGAAGCAGCAGGAACAGCUGGAAAAGUUAAGGCAAGAGCUGGCUCGCGUCACUGAAACUGUCAAAGAACUUGAACAGCGCGCUACUGACAAACAGCAACAGCAAUAAAGGAAAGACAAAUCCAUCCAAUGUAUAAUCGCAAUAGUAGAAUAAUAAAGACA